UAAUUUCCAUAGAAACUCAACAGUAUCUUCACAAAUUUGUACAUUUCUCCAUUAAUACCCUCAACACAAGAACUAAACCCAAGGGUCAAUUUUGUAACUUGGAUUCGAUCCUAAAAACCAUCCAACCAUACCCACGAGCGAAACGAGUAAGCAUUGGUCCGCUCCCUCUACACAACAAGAACAAAAUCAGAAACUGAACUCAAAAUCUAAAGAAAAAAAAUGCAAUCGUUAUCGUUAAGUAGUACCAGGAGUUUAGCGGGAUUGCGAUUAAUAGGUCAAGAAACGAGGCUGAAGAGAAGGAGUAACAAUUGCGUAAUUGUGGCAUGUGGUAAUAAUUCGGAUAAAGAGACUCCAACCUCGUUUCUGUCUCGGACCCAAACCUACGCUCUGUUGAAACAACAAAUGGAAGUAGCGGCGAAAUCAGAGGAUUAUAAGGAAGCUGCUAGGAUUCGAGAUUCGCUUCGGUUGUUUGAAGAAGAAGAGCCUGUUUUGCGGUUGAAGAGGAUGAUCAAAGAAGCAAUUGCUGAUGAGAGAUUCCAGGAUGCAGCUAGUUAUCGUGACGAGCUAAAAAGAAUUGCUCCACACUCUCUUUUAAAAUGUUCCAGUGAUGCUACAACAUUGGGAGUUAGGGUUCAAGUCAGGAGUGUAUAUAUAGAAGGCAGAAGUCAACCUUCAAAGGGGCUAUAUUUUUUUGCAUAUAGAAUCAGAAUUACCAAUAACUCAGAUGACACCGUUCAACUUCUUAGAAGGCAUUGGAUUAUAACCGACGCUAAUGGGAAAUCAGAAAAUGUAUGGGGCAUUGGUGUUGUUGGUGAACAGCCAGUACUUCUUCCCAGGACUAGUUUUGAGUACUCUUCUGCAUGCCCAUUAAGCACAUCAAAUGGUAGAAUGGAAGGUGAAUAUGAGAUGAUCCAUGUUGAUAGAGUAGGCUCGCGUUCAUUUAAUGCGGUCAUUGCCCCGUUUUCCCUUGCUUUGCUAGGCGAUGAUGACUGCAAUACUAUUUAAGAUUGAACUGCAGCAUCACCUUCAGAGAUGUCCAUUUACUAGCUUCUAGAGUAUGGGAAGGAAGGAUUAUUGUUCUCACAGCCAUUCGGAGAAUAAAUUUUCCGGAUGCAUGUGUCUUGUUGAAUUGAAGUAUGAAAAACUCAAGAAAGAAAUCAAUAUUUAUACAUAGUAUAGAUCAUAGACUGUUGAAAUUAUGUUCUGUUUCCAACCCCUACACACCCAAAAGAGGAAAAAUAGAAAAUUGAAUCAAUUGAUGGUGAU